UAAUUGUUCCCUGGUCAGUUGUCUAAUCCAUUGGCCUGUUAAUUUAGUGACCACCGUUGAUUAACUAAUUAACUGAUUUGAUUGCCUGAAGAGGGCAUAAGUUGAUUUAAUAACAAUUCAGUUGAAUGUGUGAGCUGUUGGUUGGAAAACAACAAAAUACCAAACCGGUUAAACAGAAACCAAAGUCACAUCAACAAGUCAACUGGUAACUUUUUGUUUUCUCCUUCACUUUGAUUACAAUUAUUGUGGAUAAUUCAACAAUUGAUUUAAUUGUGAUUAACACCAUUAAUCUUCUAAUCAACAUACGGAUAUUAAAACUGUUAAAUUUGGAUUAACAAUCAAAACCAAAAGUGAUCUUCAUUGGGAUAAUAUUUUUCUUUCCAUAGUUGUUUGUUGUUGUUGUUGUUUUCUGUUGUCACCUUAGUGUCUUAAUAUUCAAUUUGGUUUCAUCUUACAACUUGAGAAAUUGUUUGAUUUAAUCAAAGUGAACACAAUUACAAUUCUUACACAAUUUAACUUAAUCAAUAUCCUUUCUCUCAUGGUCAGCAAUGGUCAGUGCUGAUAUGGAGAAAGUAAGUGUCACCGGGUCAGCAUUGGUUUAUGCUCCGGUUAAUCAAUUGGCCACUUUAAUUGUUCACAAUGUUACAAACGAGACUGACCUAAUUGUAACAAUUAAAGGUCCUAAUGGUUCAGUUGUGCCCAAAAUAUCAAAAAAUGAUGUUGGAGCUCAAAUUGAUUUCUUGCCAAACUUUACAGGGGAACAUCAUAUUGAUAUUAAAUACAAAGGAAAUCCAAUCAAUGGAUCGCCAUUUGCUACAAAAAUUUACGAUAUUAAACAAAUUAAGGUGAAAGAGAUGCCAAAAGAGAUUCUGAUUGGAAAACCAGUAACAUUUAUCGUUGAAGCUAAAAAUGCUGGACCAGGAAAUCUCGAGAUAAUAAUAAAUAACGGGAAUGUGCCGUCGACACCUCAAGCAUUGGGCUCAAGUCAAUAUGCCAUAACUUUUUUACCCAAAGAGGUUGAAAAUCAUCAAAUUGAUAUAAGAUUUAAUGGUGAACUUGUCCAAGGAGCACCAUUCAUUUGCUCAGUGUUAGAUCUGUCCAAAAUUGUCGUUCAAAAGGAUGGACUUGAUAAAGUUCCGGUCAAUUCAUUGGUUUCAUUUUUCAUUGAAUCUAACGGGACUCGAUUGACUGACCAACAGGUAUCAAUAACAGGUCCAGCCAGUAAAGUAAUUAAAUUUGAUUUAAUUGAGGAAGGAUCAACUGGUUAUAAAGUUUCAUUCAUCCCAACUGAACUUGGUGACCAUAUGAUUGAUAUUAAAUUGGGUGGAGAAUCGGUUCUAUCAUGUCCAUUCCUGGUUCGUGUUUAUGAUGCUAAAAGGGUCAAAGUUACCGAACCAUCAGCUGGUGAAAUUGGGAAAUUAUUAUCAUUCUCAAUCGACGCUAGUCAAGCUGGUGCUGGUAAUUUGGAGAUAAUUGUUACAGUUAAUGGUCGAUAUGUUCACAAUUACGUGAUUAAAGAGGGAAAUGCCAAAUUUCGUGUCAAUUUCAAACCCAUGGAACCCGAUGUUCACAUGGUUAAUGUCAAAUUCAAUGGUGAAUCAGUGCCAGGGAGUCCUUUCAUGGUCAGAGUUAUUGACAGUUCACAAUCAGUUAUACUUGGUGAUGCUCUGAGAAUGGCUUCAUUGACCAAAGGAAUUGACUUUACCAUUGAAAAUAAAAAUGAUCGUAUUCAAGAUUGUAUUGUUCAUGUAACAUGUGAUAAUGGUAAAAAAAUGGCCGCUGAUGUUAAGAAGCUCAAAGGAUCCUUUAGGGUCAACUUUGUACCAAUUGAGAUCGGUCCACAUGCAAUUACAAUUAUUCUUGAUGGUGUUGUAAUCAAUGGAUGUCCAUUUAAUUGUAACGUUUACGAUGUGUCCAAAGUAAAAGUUUCCGGGUUGAAUACAUUUGAUGUUGGAAAACCAGUUACAUUUCAAAUUGAUGCCGUUGAAGCGGGUGAAGGUACUCUGGAAAUUCUGGUUACUAACCGGAAAACGGGAAUUCGACCUGAAGUUGAUAUGAAAAGUCGAGGUCUUUAUGAUGUUACCUUUAUACCACAAGAAAAAAUAUCUCAUUAUAUUAGAAUAAUUUUCAACGAGGAAGACGUCCCAGGAAGCCCUUUUAAAAUAGAGAUGAAAGAUUUGAUUCCCAAAAAUGGACUCGUCGGUUCAAGUAACAUCGCGAUCAUUGAUACUAUCGAUCCAAGUAUGGAGGUUAAGGUUGUUGGUCCACAGAAAACUCCGAUCAUAUCUAAAGUAACUCGCGAUUCGUCAACUUUUAAGGUUGAAUUUGUGCCUAAAGAGGUUGGACUUCAUCGGAUCGAACAAUUUAUCAAAGGAAAUUUAGUCGCUGAGAAAACGAGUUUCAUUGAGAUUUGUGAUCCAAGUCGAGUGAAGCUAAUUGAUGUACAAGAUGGAGUAGUUGGUCGAGAACAGAUAUUCAAAAUUGAUUGUACUUGGGCGGGUCGUGGUAAUUUAUCGGUGAACAUAAAAACGGCCUCCGAUGCCGAGGUGACCCAUUGUAUCAAAGAGAUUUCGACUGGAGUUUUCCUUGUUACUUACACACCCAAAGUGGACUCAGCUCAUUAUAUUGAUGUUCGUUACAAUGACCAUCAAGCACCAGGAUGUCCACAAAUGGUUGAGAUUCGUGAUCCAACCAAAUCAAUUAUCGUCCAUGGACCAGCACUUAAGUCUUGUGUACCCGAAGAACCAGCGACCUUCCUAAUUGAAACCGGUGGAUUUGCGGCGGCCAAAAAUUUUGACGUACUUGUUACAGAUCCAAAUGGAUCUCCGUUAAAUGUUAAAUGUUACCAACAAAAAGAUGGCUCUUUAUUGGCAGAGUUUACUCCUCAGAGAACUGGUCCCCAUAAAAUUGAUGUCCUCUAUCAAGACGCUAGUAUAACUGGAUCACCAUUUACCAGUGAAGUUUUUGAUGCCUCUAAGGUCACUUUACAACGAAUCAAAUCAACUAAUUUCAUCGUCAAUGAGAAAAUAUUUUUCACUCUUAAUCGUAAGGAUGCCGGUUAUGCUGAGCUCGACUUCACCGUUACAAGUCCACUUGGACGGCAUUUACCUAUUGAAGUAAAGGGAACUCCCGAUGGUGAAGGUGAAAUAAUUGAAUUUAUCCCAACGGUUCCUGGAAAAUAUAAGAUCGCCAUUACUUUCGGUGGAAUUGAAAUCCCAGGAAGUCCGGUAACUUUUAUCGCCCAAGAAGGAAAUUUGCCGAUCAUUGAAGGAAAUGGACUUAAAUUAGGUUUCGUUGAUCAACUCGUCGAAUUUACUAUUGAUGCAAGAGAAUUGAAAGGGAUCCCUGAAGUUCGAAUCGAUGGUCCUGAUUCAGAACCGACUGUUGACAUGGAAGAAACUAACGGAAUGUUCAGAGUCUCUUUUGUUCCAACUGAGGUCGGAAUUUUCGAUGUUCGAGUUUUGUGGAAUCGAAAAGAGCUCCCAGGUUCACCUUUCCACCCGAAGAUAUUGAACCUCGAUCAGGUUCGUCCGAUUGGAGGCUGGGAAUCGAUUUUCAAUUCAUCCGAUCAAAUAAUGCUACAAUUAAAUGAAAAGAAACGCAUCUCAUUUGAUGUAACUGGAGCUGGUCCAGGUAAAUUAUCUGGUUUUGUUAAAUUUCCCGAUGAUAAAGUCGAACCCGCUAUGAUUGAACAAACUGCUCCACACAAGUUUAGAUUAUCAUUAACCCCGAAACUAGAAGGUGAAUAUCAGAUUCGUUUGAAUUUUGGUGAUCAUCGAUUACCCAAAUCACCGUUAAUUGCGGUGACCAAUUGUAUUCGCAAUGGUGAUGAGUGUGCAACCGUUGUCCUCCGAGGUCAAGGUUUAGCCGGUGCCAGGGUGGGUGAAGAGACACAAUUUAUCCUGGACGGAACUGAUGCCGGUUCGGGGACACCGGAAAUCACAUUGAAUGGUGUCAAAGCCGAUAUACCAAUUAAAGUAACCCAAAUAAAUGAUAGGAUAUUUAAAGCUACUUACACACCAACAAUUCAAGGAACUUAUUUGCUCAAUGUUUUAUGGGCUGGUAAACAGGUCAAAGGUUGUCCAUUAAAGGUUUCGAUUCUACCUCGUUGUGACGCUUCAAGGGUAUUAUGUUCAGGAGAAGGACUUAAAGGAGGUGCCAUUGAUCAAGAAAUUAAGGUUUUCAUUGAUACAAGACGAGCUGGACCUGGUGAUCUUUCGGCUCAUUGUAUUGGUCCAAAUAAAGUGGCCUUUUGUGAAUUACUUGACCAAAUGGACGGAACCUUUAAUUUGUUUGUUAAACCUCAAGAACCUGGUAAACAUUCACUGACCAUUAAAUAUGGAGGGGAAAAUAUCAGAGGAAGUCCAUUCACUUUGAAAAUCGCUGGUUCUCCGGAUGCUUCAAAGGUUCGCGUCCAUGGACCGGGUAUUGAACACGGAGUUUUACCACUGUACAUGAGUAGAUUUAUCUGUGAUACUCGAGGUGCAGGUUAUGGUGACCUUACCGUUCAAAUACGAGGACCAAGAGGUGCUUUUCGAGCGGACAUGCAACGUGUCAAUCAAAAUGACCGAAUAAUUUUAUGCAAAUAUGAUCCAACGGAGCCUGGUGAUUACAAUAUCGAAGUUAAAUAUUCAGGGAAACAUGUUCCUGGUUCACCAUUUGCCGUUAUGAUAUUUGACACUCAAGAUGAACUGAAUCGUUACAAUUCCCGUCAAUAUGGUGAAAUCGGUGGCGGUGGUAAUGGUCCAAAUGAAAGGGGAGCGGAAGAUGUUGGUUUGGUCGUUGGUGGGGGUGGAAAACAAAACAAUGGGUUAAUCUCCAAGACUAAUAAACACAAUAAUCACAAUAAUAAUCACUCUCAUCACCACCCACACCAUCAUCCCCACCACAUACGAUCAGCUCAUCCAGUGAUUCCUGCCCACCUCCCACCACCAACUAUUGUACAUUCACCUCAUUUACCAGGUCAUCCUCAUCCUCUGCCUCCACCUCCUCCUCCCCACCCGCCGGUUGAUUAUCAUGGUUACAGUAUUUAUGGACCAACUUCUUGGAGAGGCUCAGCCAACGAGUUAUAAUCAAAUUGCUACAAUUUAUCAUCAAUUCAAUUUGACAAAGAGCAAAAAUUACCAGCAUCAAUUAAUCAUCUACAAUUAAUUUAACUUCGCCAUCAUCAUUUCUCAUCAUCAUCUACAUAAUUUGUCCUCUUCCACUUUUGCCAAUUUAAUUUUGUACUUCGCUAACUCUUAAUUAUUUUAAAUUGCUUUCCAUUUAUCCGGUUUUCCCAACAAUUAAUCAACAACAAUUUGUUUGAAAUACUUUUUUAAUAUAUAUUAUCAUUUAUAUUAAGAUUAUUAUUAUUAUUAUUUAA